UAAGGGGUAAUGUAUUGUGUAGUAAAAGCCCUUAAAAGCAGAAGGUUUAGAACGUACUUUAGAGGGGAGCCUCUAAUCUGCCGCGCUGUCACCACCUUCCCUUCCCUUCCGCUCUUCCUUCUUCUUCCUCUUCACGCGUCCCCCACGCCUCUCAUUACUACUCAAUCCUCCUCUUAUAAAUUCCUUUCUCCCUUUCUCAGGCAAACCCAUCUUUCCUUCUUCCUCUCUCUCUCUAGACGGCCAUGGCCUUCGGCUCCGCAGCGAUGAGCGUGGCGUUUUGGUGGGUUCUUCUUAUGGGGGCUUUUCGUGCUUACGGGGGAAGCUUUUAUGAGGAUUUUGAGAUCACUUGGGGCGGAGAUAGAGCUAAGGUCUUCAAUCGCGGCUCCCUUCUCUCUCUCUCUCUUGAUAAGGUUUCUGGGUCUGGUUUUCAAUCCAAAAAACAGUACCUCUAUGGCCGGAUUGAUAUGCAGCUUAGGCUCGUCGCCGGUAACUCCGCCGGCACUGUCACCGCCUAUUAUUUGUCUUCCGAAGGGGCAAGCCAUGAUGAAAUUGACUUUGAAUUUCUGGGGAAUGUAAGCGGUGACCCUUACAUUCUCCAUACCAAUGUGUUCACUCAAGGAAAGGGAAACAGAGAACAACAAUUCUACCUCUGGUUUGAUCCAACCAAGAACUUCCAUACUUACUCCAUUCUUUGGAAUCCUCAACGGAUUAUAUUCUUAGUAGACAACUAUCCUAUAAGAGAGUUCAAGAAUGCGGAGGAGAUCGGCGUACCUUUUCCGAGGACUCAGCCGAUGAGAAUCUACUCCAGUCUUUGGAACGCGGACGACUGGGCAACCAGAGGCGGAUUGGUCAAAACCGACUGGUCUAAAGCUCCAUUCACAGCCUAUUACCGCAACUUUAACGCCACCGCUUGCACCGCCGCAGACUGCGCCAAAUCCUGGUCUUCCUUCUCCGGCUCCUCCUCCGCUGCCGAACUGGACGCCUUCGGCCGUCGCCGCCUCCGCUGGGUCCAAAAGUACUUCAUGAUCUACAAUUACUGUACCGAUCUCAAGCGCUUUCCUCAAGGCCUUCCGCCUGAGUGCAAUCGCCGAUCGAAAUUCCUCUGAGAGUGAGAAUGAGAUGCUCUAAUGGCGGCAGCGGAAACCACAGUUCUUGAUCGACAUCGAAACCUAUCUCGGAAGAUAGGCAGUCUUGAUUAGGGCUUUUUCUAUGUUAUUGUCUGCAGGUGAGGUCUAUGAAGCUUCAUGGUCCUUCACUCUUUCCUUCCAUGUAUAAAUGUUGCUCUAAUUUUUCUUUAUGUUUAUAUUAUAUCAAAUAAAUCAGUUAGAAUU